AUGGAUUCGGCACCGUGUAUGUUCAAGCCGAAUUAUCUGAAAAGUAAAACUUGGUUCGUCGGCGAGAGGACCUACAUCGAACAGUACGCCAAAAAUUUCAAACUCUGCCAUCCCCUGCACAGGAACACCGAAGAGUACAACAGGGAAGUUGGAUUUCUCUUCAAACAACGACCGUGUAUCUACACUCCCCGCAUGUUCUGCCUGGCCAGUAUGCUCUUUGAAAAAUUGAAGGACGACAAUGUGGACAACAUGCGGACCAUUCAGGAACUGAAGAUGAAAUCAAAAAUUCGCAACAAGAUGCAACAAUUGAAGGAGGAGCGAGAGAGAUCUGUCAGGCACAACCGCGCUUUUGAAAAAUCUUCAAUUGAUGAUAAAGAGCCGUCGAAAGGUGAACACUGGCAAAGAUUCACCAGUGCAGAUGUUGUCAAACUUAGACGGAAGGAAAUGGAAGAAAUGGACAAAAAUAACGUCCCCAACUUCGCGGACGAAGAUACUAAUUUUUUCAUCGACAACGUUACCACGAACGAAGAUGGGGAUGAAAAUAAUUUAGAAAACAUCCGAAACAAAAAUAAAAUUGAAUCAAAUUUAUCUCUUCUAAAUUCAAAAGAAAACACGAUUAUUUACGACGACGCUAAUAAAAGUGCAAAUAAAAAUAUUGAUACUAAAGAAAAUGAUAAAUUGAAUCACUUACCUGUGGUUGAUAAUGAAGAUGAGAAAUCAAGUGAUAAUAAUUCAGACCGAAUUUUUUAUAAACCGAGCCCGGUUGACGACAAUGCACUGGAAUACGAAAAUUUUGUUCGUGAGGAAAUAGAAAAUGUUAAAGCCACGACUCACGUCAGAAUUGCCGAUGACAAAAAAACGACUUUUGCUGCACACGAGGAUAAUUUAUUGUCCGAUAACGACGACGAUGAACCUUUAGACAAGAAUGGCUUGAGGAAAUCAAUAACUGCAACAUUCAGAGAGAAACCGGCGUCAACAAAAUCUUUGAAAACCGAUCCGAAAUCUUCAGGACUCAGAUAUACAAAAAGCGCUGGAACUGUACAGAAUCCAAAAACAGUUCCUAAGAGCAACAAAGUAAAAUCUCAAAGUGGACGAGCUGUCAGCAAACUUUCGUUCAAUGAUUCAAGAUCUAAAAAACUUCUGAGUGACAGCAAAAAGACAAAACAGGCACCCCCAGACGACAUGCAGAAUGAUUGGGACAUCCCAGAAUUUGAAUCAGAAUACGAGAAAAGAAGAACACUUGAACUCGUUUUUGAAACUUUAAAAUGUACUGCCACUUAA